AGAGGCAACCAACCGAUAAAAAGCGGCUGCUUUUUUAGGCAGUUUUGUCUUCUAGGGUUUUCCAAAGGCCGAAGGGUGGAGGAGAUGGAUUUGGAGAAGAGAAUUUGAGGGAGUAUGGAUUGCUAGGUGUCUAGAUUCACCGUGGAUGAUAGGAGGAAACGAAGAUGAUGCCAAGUGGUUCCAUGCGUAAAUCGUUCAAGGACUCACUGAAGCUACUUGAAGCUGACAUCCAGCACGCGAACACCUUAGCUUCAGAUUUUCCAACUGAGUAUGAUGGUGCAUGCCUACAAAUGCGAAUGUCAUAUAGUUCAGCUGCACACUUGUUCCUUUUUCUUGUGCAGUGGACAGAUUGCAGCCUUGCUGGUGCACUUGGGCUCCUAAGGAUAAUGAUAUAUAAAGUUCAUUCUGACGGAUCGACAAGCAUGUCAAAUCAUGAAAGAAAAGCUAGCCUCAAAGAAUUCUACACUAUAAUUUUCCCUUCCCUCCUCCAACUUCAAAAAGGUCUCACUGAAAUGGAAUUCAAGAGGCAAAAGGCAGAAUUCAUGGAAAGAUAUAAACGAAAAGAGGAGGAUGGGAGAAAGAAUUUGUCAGAAAUAGAUCUUGAAAGAGAAGAAGAAUGUGGGAUUUGCUUGGAGAUGAACAGCAAAUUAGUUUUGCCCAAUUGCAGCCAUUCCAUGUGCUUGAAGUGCUACAGAGACUGGAACACAAGAUCAAAAUCAUGCCCAUUUUGCCGUGAUAGCCUCAAGGAAGUAAACUCUGGAGAUUUGUGGGUGUUGAUUGAUAACAGAGAUAUAAUUGAUAUUGCAGUGGUGAAGCAAGAAGACAUUAGACGCUUAAUUAUGUAUAUAAAAAAAUUACCGGAAGUUGUUCCCGAUUCCACCCUCAAGAGCUACGAUUCACAUAUCCGGUAGAUGUCUAUUUAUGCAUUAAAGGUUUACUCGAAUUUGCGUUUCAGAGCUGCUCCUACUUUUUGACCUGCUACUUCAGAAACUAUAUAUAAGGACGGAGGUUUCAAGAUCUCAUCUUCAGCACUAUGUAAAUGAGACUGUAAAUGGUUGUAUAGUUGGUAUCAGUCUUAGCUGGUUUAUGAGUCAUGGUUAAGUGCUGCCACGGUUGGUUUCAUCUAGUGCGACUUGCAUAAGGCCACGUUUAUAUAUUGAGAAAAAUAAUUUGUUAAUAAUCACUAAUCAUAUUUGUUAUUUUGUUA